UUAACUAUGUGUAAAACAACAUCGGCACAAGAGAGCGCAACAGCUGCCUCAUUACACGUUUCUUGGAAGCUUGCAAGAGCUAAGAAGCCAUUCGCCGAUGCAGAGUUAAUUAAACAAUGUGCAAUCGACAUGGCUGCCGAAGUUUUAAACCAAGAGGAACCAAUAAAAAAAGAAGUUGUUGAGCUGUUGAAGCAAGUGCCGCCGUCGGCUAACACGGCAACCAGAAGAGUCGAAGUUUUGGCGGAGGAGUGUUUUUCCAGUCUACUCACAGAUUUGAGGAAAACCGAAGCAUUCUCACUGGCAAUAGACUCGUCUUGUGACCGAACCGACAUGGAACAGCUGUCUGUGUUCGCAAGAUUUUUUGAUGGGAAGACAUUCCGGGAGGAGCUGCUGUGUUUGAUUUCUCUACCCGGGCGUACAACCGGGGAAAUAAUAUUCAACGAGCUGACACAGUUCUUCGAAAGGAAUGGCUUAGAUGUGAGUAAAAUUGUCUCUGUUGUUACCGACGGGGCUCCGUCAAUGGUGGGACACCGCCAGGGCUUGGUAAGCAGGCUUUCUGCCGUCAACCCAGCACUCCUGGCAUUUCACUGCAUUAUUCACAAGUCAGUUUUGUGCGCAAAACUGUGUGGAAAAAUGAAAGAGACCAUGGAUACUGUGACUCGACUAGUUAACUUUGUCCGUGAGAGCUCUAGUCUGCAGCAUUGCCUUUUUAGAGCAUUACUCGAGGAAAUGUCAGCUGAACACAGGGAUCUUUUGCUCCACAAUGACGUUCACUGGCUGAGCAAAGGCCGUGUGUUGGAGAGGGUGUGUGACCUGCGUGAUGAACUUGUGUCAUUUUUAUCCAGCCUGCAGAGCCUAAAAGACAGCGACUUUUUGAGCUUUUUAACUGACAACAAGGUGAUAUCAGAUGUUACUUUUUUGUGUGACAUCAUGUCUCAUCUAAAUCACCUUAACCUGCGACUACAAGGCAAGAACCACACUGUUGCUGACAUGUAUGAGGCGAUUGAAGCUUUCCGGUCAAAGCUGCACCUCCUGGAGAGAGACAUUCAUGGGAGAAAGUUGCACUUUCCACGUCUGCGUGAUCAUUGUGAGAAGAAUAAAAUGCAGGAAGAUCCAGCAAUGAAGGAUUUUGUGUCCAGGCUGGCAGAAAACUUCAUGGAAAGAUUUGAAAGCUCCCCUAAACUCUCAGCGGACAUCCUUCUCUUCGUAAGACAGCCGUUUUCUGUGUCAGCUGACGGCCAGUGGACUGCAGAGGCCAAAAAGCUGGUGCCUUCCAUAGAUGAGGCUGCUCUUCAGAUGGAAAUCUUGGAGAUGGGAACAUCUGAUUUGCUCAAAGCUCAACACAAGGAUGCACUGGUGAGUGACUUUUGGAUCAACGUGGUUCCCCAAGCUCGUUUUAAAAACACCAGAGAUAUUGCAAUGCUCCUACUCACGAUGUUCCCCUCAACAUACAUCUGUGAAUCAGCAUUUUCUUCAAUGAAUGCUAUCAAGAGCCAGGACAGAAACAGACUCUCAGAUUCACAUCUUGGACAGUGCCUCAGGAUUGCCACAACAGAAUACAAGCCUGACAUCAGAAAGGUUGGCUCAUCCCGUCGCUCUCACUUCUCUCACUGAUUGAAAGACCGCCUGAACGCAGAUAUCCAAAGCAUGGAUGUUCCAGACAGAAGUGGGCGCUGUGUGUGUGUGUGUGUGUGUGUGUGUGUGUGUGUGUGUGUGUGUGUGUGUGUGUGUGUGUGUGUGUGUGUGUGUGUGUGAAUGUGUUUGCUGGACUUUUUGUUUGCUGACUGUUUGCACAGAAUAUGCUCCAGGGGCAUUUCAUAAUUAAAUAGUUGGUUUUGGACUCAUUUAGUAUUUUUCAUUUUU